AUGACAGCAUUCAGUUUAGGUUUUGUAUUAUCAGCAUUUCUUGCUGUGUUGUUCAGGCCGGAUUUACUAUGUCAACAUGGCUGUAGAGAAGAAAUCUUAGUUGAUCUAGAACAAUGCGAAGCGAAUGAAGUUUAUCAUCAUGCGAAUAAAACAGAUUUUUGUAUGAUGGGAUGCAAAUCAGGUUGUUACUGUAAGCCAGGCUAUAUGAUGAUGGAUAAAGGAUGUAUACCAGCGAAAUUCGGUGAUGUCAAAUGUGGUGAAAACGAGGAACUUAAAUGUGGAUUAUAUGAUUGUCAAGAUUUUUGUGAUAUUGGAAGAGAUCCUUUAUGCGCUUUAAACCGAUUUGAUUGCUACUACAACUACGAAUGUGUUUGUAAAGAAGGGUUCAUAAGAGUUGAUGAUGGUGACUGCAUUCCAGUUGAAAAUUGUCCAAGAGAAAUCUUCUUGCUCGAUUAUGAGGAAGAUUAA